CCCGGGCCCUCAGGGAGCUCAGCUCGGGAGCCGGGCGGGGAGUACGAACGCGGCUGCUGGCUCCCGGGUGCUCUAGUCCGGACGCACAGCAGCAUGACCCAGUCGGUGGUCGUACAGGUCGGCCAGUGCGGAAACCAGAUCGGCUGCUGCUUCUGGGAUCUGGCGCUAAGGGAGCACGCCGCGGUCAACCAGAAAGGAAUUUAUGACGAGGCAAUAAGCAGCUUCUUUAGAAAUGUGGAUACCAGAGUGGUUGGUGAUGGUGGCAAUAUUUCCAAGGGGAAAAUUUGUUCUUUGAAAGCACGAGCUGUCUUGAUUGACAUGGAGGAAGGGGUAGUAAAUGAAAUUCUGCAGGGACCGUUGAGAGAUGUGUUUGAUAGCAAGCAGCUCAUCACUGAUAUUUCUGGCUCAGGGAAUAAUUGGGCUGUGGGUCACAAAGUUUUUGGCAGGCUUUAUCAAGAACAGAUUUUAGAGAAACUCAGAAAGUCGGCAGAGCACUGUGAUUGUUUACAGUGUUUUUUUAUAAUACAUUCCAUGGGAGGAGGAACAGGGUCUGGACUUGGCACGUUUCUCUUAAAGGUGCUUGAGGACGAAUUCCCAGAAGUAUACAGAUUUGUGACUUCAGUUUAUCCUUCUGGUGAGGAUGAUGUCAUAACCUCACCUUAUAAUAGCAUCUUGGCAAUGAAGGAACUUAAUGAGCAUGCAGACUGUGUGUUGCCCAUUGACAACCAAUCUUUAUUUGACAUCAUUAGCAAAAUUGACCUCAUGGUGAAUUCUGGAAAGUUGGGUACAACUAUAAAGCCAAAGAGUCUGGUUACUUCAAGUGCUGGGGCUUUGAAAAAGCAGCACCAGAAGCCCUUUGAUGCGAUGAACAACAUUGUGGCAAAUUUGCUGCUGAACCUAACCAGCUCUGCAAGGUUUGAAGGGUCCCUUAAUAUGGAUCUUAAUGAAAUCAGCAUGAAUUUAGUUCCUUUUCCUCAACUGCAUUAUCUUGUGUCAAGCCUAACACCUCUGUAUACACUGGCAGAUGUUAAUAUUCCUACCCGAAGGUUGGAUCAGAUGUUUUCAGAUGCCUUUAGUAAAGAUCACCAGCUAAUUCGGGCUGACCCCAAACAUAGCCUCUACCUCGCCUGUGCCCUUAUGGUUAGAGGAAAUGUACAGGUUUCAGAUCUUCGCAGAAAUAUUGAAAGAUUAAAACCUUCUCUACAGUUUAUCUCCUGGAAUCAAGAAGGCUGGAAAACCAGCCUGUGUUCAGUACCUCCCGUGGGGCAUUCCCAUUCAUUAUUAGCUCUAGCAAAUAACACAUGCGUGAAGCCUACCUUCAUGGAACUCAGAGAGCGAUUCAUGAGGCUCUACAAGAAAAAGGCUCAUCUUCAUCACUAUCUACAAAUUGAAGGGAUGGAGGAAAGCUGUUUCAUGGAAGCCGAGUCAUCUUUAUCUGCGCUCAUAGAGGAAUAUAACCAACUGGACGCCACACGAAGCAUGCCUGUGGAGGAUUUACCUAGACUAAGCGUAGCUGUGUAAAACAGAACCCCAAAAGUACUUUUACUAUUCUGAAUUUCACAUUUUUUGGUCACUUUAUCUGUUUUCAGAACUUUUGUGAUUCAGAAAGUCUAGUUUGCACUUUUCAUAUUAGAAAGCAUUUUUGCCUUAAAAAAAAGAGUGGUUUUCCUUUCAUCACAAUUCGUGGGCGAUACCAGUGUGUGACAUUACUGAAAGUCCUAGUACCUUUGACCUCAAACAUUUAUCUUCAGAAAGUUCCCC